ACAAGCCCCUACACAUUAUUAACUCAUGGCCAUCUCUAUCUUUAAAGCUUCAAGCUUAUUACUUACACUCAUCAUCAUUGUAUUAUUAUCAUGUAACUUGAUAGCUUUAGAAGCACAAACUCCGGCACCGGCGCCAGGCCUGUCGUAUACAUUCUACCAAACCACUUGUCCUCAGCUCGAAACCAUUAUUCGACAAAACCUUCAGACGGUUUUUGCUUCCGAUAUUGGCCAAGCUGCGGGUUUGCUUCGAGUUCACUUCCAUGAUUGCUUUGUUCAAGGUUGUGAUGGUUCUGUAUUGCUCGAUGGUUCAGCCAGUGGACCAAGCGAGAAAAAUGCGCCACCGAACUUGAGUUUACGAGCACAAGCAUUCGUGAUCAUAGAAAAUCUUCGUCGGCUUGUACACAACGCUUGUGGCCGAGUAGUCUCAUGUUCCGAUAUUACUGCCCUUGCUGCCCGGGACGCCGUGUUUCUGUCCGGUGGCCCAAAUUAUAGCUUACCUUUAGGAAGACGAGAUGGGCUUAACUUUGCUACUCAAAAUGUAACACUAGCCAACCUUCCUCCGCCCACAGCAAACGCGUCCGUGAUUUUAAGUUCCCUUUCUCAAAAAGGGUUCACUCCUACGGACGUGGUCGCGCUCUCUGGAGGCCACACGAUCGGGAGAGCCACUUGUACUUCUUUCACAAACCGGCUAUAUCCAACACGCGAUCCAUCUAUGGACCAAACAUUUUUCAACAACCUAAGAUUAACGUGCAAGGCUGCUAACUCAACCAACACUACUAAUAUGGACAUAAGAUCCCCAAAUGUGUUUGAUAAUAGGUAUUAUGUUGACCUCAUGAAUCGGCAAGGGCUUUUUACUUCGGACCAAGAUCUUUACACGAAUAGCACGACAAGGACUAUCGUUACAAACUUUGCCGUUAAUCAAUCGUUGUUUUUUGAAAACUUUGUGAAUGCAAUGAUAAAGAUGGGGCAAUUGAGCGUGUUGACUGGCACACAAGGGGAAAUACGAGGAAAUUGCUCACGAAGAAACUCAAAUGACUUGUUCAUAUUGCCGAACAUGGAGGAUGGCCAAGAUGAGAAGUUGGCAUCAUACUAGAGUGAUGUUUUGUAUUUAUGAAUAUAUAGCUUUGUCGAAAUAAAUAAUAUGCAAGAUUUCCGAGAA